AUGAUUACUUCUCUAGAUUCGUUAGAAACGUCAAGGAUAGAUGUUAAUGAGGAGUAUGUUCCUCUUCUCGAAGCUGAAGAUAAAGUCAAAGACACAAACGAAACGAUCUUCAUAAGACUUCAAACUUUAUUACGUAAAAUGCUCGCAUAUAUUCUUUCAUUAUUCAAGAAAGAAACAGUAGAGACUUCACCAAAUCCGCCUAGUAUAUUAAGACCAAAACCUGAUAAAACAAAACUUAAAAUUUUUAUUGGAACAUGGAACAUGCAUGGAAAACUCCCUCCACAUAAUCUUGACCCUUUUAUUGAAACUAUAGAUGUUAAAUCGGAUUAUAAUACCCGAGAGGCUCCUAUACUUACUCGAAAGGUUCAACACCCAUAUCAUAUCCUAGUAAUAGGAACUCAAGAAUGUCAACAUAACAUUCAACAUUCAGUAUUUUUUCCUUCAAAAGAGGAAUGGGAGUCAAGAUUAAUAGGAUAUCUAGGUGAUACUUAUGUCCUCGUUAAAACUGAAACGAUGGCGGCGUUGCAUUUGGCUGUAUUUGUUUGGAAAGAGUGCGAGGAUUGGGUUCUAGACUAUCAACAUGAUGCGGUAGCAACUGGAUUAGCUAAUUUGUUUGGAAAUAAAGGUGGUAUUGGUAUUUCAAUAUUAUUUGGAAAUACAUCAUUAUGUUUUAUAAAUAGUCAUUUAGCAGCACAUCAAAGUAAAGUUAAACAACGAAAUCAUGAUGUGAAAAAAAUAUCAAAAGAAUUGAAAUUAAAAGGAUUUAAACAGGAAGAUAAAUCUCAACCAAAUGUUACUGAUAGGUUUGAUUACACUUUUUGGUUUGGUGACAUGAAUUACCGUAUUGACUUACCAAGAUUGGAAGUUGACCAAUUAAUUUCUAAAAAAGAUUUAAAAGUGAGUGUAUAUCGAUAUUACGUAUUUGCUAAUUUUAAUCCAACAUUUAAAUUUGAUAUAACUCAUCGAGUAAAUCAUAAUGAUGAAUAUUCCCCAUUAUCACGAUCUUCAUCUCCAUCUGUAUUAGUUGAAUCAAAUUCUCCAAGAUACGAUUCAGGUCCAAAGCAACGUGUACCAAGUUGGACUGAUAGAAUAAUUUUUAAAACACGUUUACCACCACCAAAACAUGGUAAAGGCAAGAGAAUUGAAGUUGGAAAAUAUACUAGUCAUAUGGAUGUCGUGGGUUUUUCUGAUCAUAGACCUGUUACUGGUUGCUUUUUCGUAGACUUUGAUUGGAGAUUAGAAAAAGAACUUUUAGAAAGACAAUUAUCAUCGGAAAGAUUAGAUCAAGAUCAAAUGGACUCUGCUAGUACUAAUAGUGAUAGCAAUAGUAGUAAAUCUGGUAUUAAGACAAGAGGUAUUGGUGCCAUAAGAAAGAAAAAAAGUUUUUGGAAAGUUUUAAGGAAAAUUUAA